AUGAGUAACCGACUGCAAGAUUCUGUAACGGAGUUGGGAUUACAUUCUCCUCCGCCACCACCGCCACCACCGCCACCACCACCGCCGCCGGCGCCUUCUUAUCCACUUGAGAUAGUUCACGAGACUGAGCGUGCCAAGGUUUACGUAAGAGGCCAUUGGAAGCCAUCGGAGGAUGCCAAACUCAAGGAGCUCGUCGCCCAAUUUGGCCCCCAGAACUGGAACUUGAUCGCGGAGAAACUUGUAGGCAGAUCAGGGAAGAGUUGCAGAUUGAGAUGGUUCAAUCAACUGGAUCCCAAGAUCAACCGAAGGGCCUUCAGUCCGGAGGAAGAAGAAAAGCUGCUCGCUUUGCACAGGGUUUAUGGGAACAAAUGGGCACAGAUUGCGAGGCAUUUCCCAGGGAGAACUGACAAUGGCGUGAAGAACCAGUGGCAUGUGAUCACGGCGCGAAGACAGCGAGCGCAAUUCAGUAACUACAGGAGCAGGCAAUCCUCCCACACCGGGGAGUUCAUGAGCAGAAUUGGAAGCCAUCCAUGGAGUGGGGAAUCGUCCUUCAACUAUAGGCAACAAUUUCGGUUAUCGUUGGGCUCCGAAGAGAAAUCCGGUGAGUCUGAGAAUGUCUGCAAUGGCGGUCGGCUGGCUCAAAUGGGAGACCGACUGGGGAAUUCUGAUGUGAGUUCAGAAGGCUCAGCCACUGAAUCGGCCACUGUCGAUCCUGCUACUAAUUAUGCACAGUUGCACGGUGAGACUGAAACAGAUGGUGACGGGAAGAACAAUGUCGUCUUCAUUGAUUUCUUAGGAGUUGGAGCGACAUAA